AUGUCCUCUUGUGUUCUCCUGCCCGGUUUGUUUGGCAUAUUUAUCCAAAUAUUUUUAGCUUUAAUUUCCAUAACUGUCAUCCUUUUGAAGUACGCCUUUGAGCGGCCCCGUCGCAAGCUAUCUGUGUUCCUCCAAGACCUAAUACAAUUAUUAUGCGGCUCAAGCUGUGUGCACAUGUUAAACAUGGCAGCGUCCAUACUUAUCAACAAAUAUACUCGCUCUUCUGCUCAUCAUGAUGAGUGUAAUUUGUAUUUCAUGGCUACACUAUUCGAUGCCACUGUAGGCAUAUAUUUAGAAUAUAAAAUCGCACGUAUCAUCGCAAUUCGUAAAACUGCCUCAGAAUAUCUAAGGUUAACACGCAAAUCUACCUUCACUCCAAGGUGCUUCGAAAUAGACCACGCAAGAACACUGGCCUCUAACGCCAUCAAACGGAAUUUUCAACUGCUAAAUUUUUGGAAUACGAGUCCUAGUGACUGUGAGUUGGCUAACAAAGAUGUGGGAUUUGAUUCUAAAUACUAUAGGGAUGAUAAUACUAACGAAAGCGAUCCUCUCCUAGGCCCUAAUGUCACUGCCAAUGCCGCAAACAGUCUGUGCAACAUAUUCGAUACCAGUAAAAAUGAGGCUUUCCAAGACGAUCUAUACAGUUGGUUAAUUGUCGUAUCGGUGGCAAAGGCUAUCACACUCAUCAUAAUGAUCAUAUCUUCCAGGACGUUAAACGACGUGGCAGCGUGGAUGCUCAAAUAUUUUGAUAGUUCGGAUAAAUUUAAACUAGUUUUUGUUAUGAUUGGUGCGCCAUUAUUCUUAAACGUGUUACAGUAUUACCUCACGGACUGUAUAUUGAAGGUUAAACACAUAACACCAUCUGACCUAUGCACUAUGGAUAAACUAUAA